UUCUCGCGCCCACUGUGGCCAUCAACUCGCGCGCAUACAACGUGCUCGUCGGCACCAAGAAGUUCGCACACGUCGACAGCACGGUGAUGAUCCCAACUAUGAUGCGGUUUUUAGCCGAGCAAUCAGAGUCCAGGAAAAAGAUGGUACCUUGGGAGAAGAACCCACACGAAGUGAACCACUGCGAGAUGAACAAUCGCACCGGCCUACCACUAUACCGUGAGAUCCUCGACAACUUCACGGCUGAGGACUACGCGCGCGACCUGUUCAACAACCUGACAGUCCUCGAUCUGAGCCACAACUUCCUCACCCAGAUAACGCAAGCCGAGAUGUGGACGUUCGCCCGCGCCCGCGAGCUCGUGCUGAGCCACAACUAUCUCCGACGCCUGCCCUGCGCGCCCUUCUUCUUCAUGAACAGGUUGGAGGCGCUCAGGCUGAGUGGCAACCCAUGGGGGGAGGUGCGCCCUGACUACUUCGCUGGACUGGAGGCGCUGCGAGUGGUGGAGUGCCGCCACUGCCUCAUCGCCACAUUCGACCAUCUAGCCACCUCGCAGCUGGAACACAUUGAGGAGCUGGAUGUCGGCGACAACUUUAUCGAGACCAUCGGUGCAGACCAGGUGUUGGUGCUUAAACGACUGCAGAAGCUUCAGCUGGACGGUAACCGGCUAAAGACAGUGUCACACUGUGUGUUCGUCUACAACCAGAACCUGAAGAUCAUCAAACUUCAGGGAAACGAUGUAGACGAUACGGUGUUCCGAGACCAUGGCGAGUGUGCUCAUCGUCUGCAGGAGUGAUCGAGUGAUCGGUCAAGUAACGAUUUUUAUACAACGACUAAUAUCGUUACCAUUGGUACCGAUGGUAUUCAUGUAGAAGUGUAGCCUAGAAGGUGACAUAACUUAUUGGUUUUUACUUUUUGUUGAAAUUAUAACGGUGACAUAAAAAUAAAAAGAAUGACAAUUAUUGAAGGGUU